AAAAAAAAAAGAAGAAAAGAAAUAAAGUAAAUAUCUGAGGUGGUGGACGCGAUCAAGCCAAAUGUACUACCAUUAUUGAAAGCAUGUAAAAAGCAGUAGAAGAAAGAGCAGAACAGUGAAACUGAAAUUAGUGGAAAGAAGAAGAGAAUAAGAUGGAGGAGGAGGAGAAAGGAAGAGUAUGUGUUACCGGCGGAACUGGAUUUGUGGGAUCUUGGUUGAUCAAAAGGCUCCUUGAAGAUGGUUACAUUGUGAACACUACUAUUAGGUCCUCUUCAACUCCUGCAGAUAGGAAACAUAUUAGCUACCUCACUGAUCUACCAGGAGCAACGGAAAGACUGCAGAUUUUCAAUGCAGAUCUCAGUAAACCAGAAAGCUUUGCGCCUGCGGUUGAAGGAUGUAUUGGAGUCUUUCAUGUUGCUCAUCCAAUAGAUUUUGAAGGCAGAGAAACUGAGGAAGCUCAGAUAAAAAAAUCAGUUGAUGGAACCAUAGGGAUUUUACAAGCAUGUCUGAAUUCCAAGACAGUGAGGCGAGUUGUGUAUACUUCCAGCGCCGCAACCGUCAUUCACACCGACAAGGAUCUUGAUGUAGUGGAUGAAAACAUAUGGAGCGAUGUUGAUUAUAUCCGCAAAAAUCUUUCUCAUUUCCGGUUCGCUACUUAUUCCAUCACCAAGGUUCUCACAGAGAAAGCUGCACUGGAUUUUGGUGAAAAGAGUGGCCUAGAUCUUGUUAGCAUUAUUCCUACUUGGGUACAUGGACCCUUCCUCUGUCCUUUUUUGCCUGGUUCAGUGUUGCCAUCCAUGUCCUUGAUCUUUGGUAAUCAAGAGCAUUACAGUAGUCUUUUAAGAAUCUGUUUUGUGCAUACUGAUGAUCUGGCCAGGGCUCACAUCUUUCUGUUUGAGAAUCCUGAAGCCAAAGGAAGGUACAUUUGUUCUGCCGUUGAGAUGACAAUUGAUAAAUUGGCAGAAUGUUUAUCAGCCAAAUAUCCGGAGUAUCCGAUACCGACUGUCGAUUCCUUGAAGGGAAUUACAGGGUUCAGAAGUGUUGGCGUUUCAUCGAAGAAACUGUUGGAUUUGGGAUUCAACUACAAUUAUGGCAUUGAAGAAAUGUUUGAUGAUGCAAUCAAAUGCUGCAAAGAAAAGGGUUUCCUAUGAUUCUUGCAAUAACAUUUGAAUCCUAGUCGUUUGAAGGGCUCUUAGUGGCACUAAGAUAGAUACUUUAUAUUUCACAUUUGCAAAUUCUUAAAUGCUCAGCUGAAUGGAUUGUCAUUUGGAUGAUUUGGUCUCUCAUAAUACAAAAACAUGAAAAUGCUGUAUCUACAUUACAAAAUUUUAGAUGAUGCACUGAGGAAAAGGAAGACGAUGGAAUUGCAUCCUCUUGGCAGCUAGGCAACUACAUUUGUUCAUGGAUUUUUAAAACCUAAUUUCCAAUAUUGACCAAGUAAGCAUAACAUGCAGUUUAAAAACGUGCAGCUGACAGCAAACAAAGAGAGUUACCUGAAGUACUUUGGUAGGACGAUCUGAAUGUUAGGCAAAGAAAAGUGUAACAAAUUUGAUAAUGCAAAGCAAAUUGUACAACAAAUUUUAGACAAUGCAGAGUUGACGAGG